AUGUCUUGCGGGCUUGGAUCCUCGGCAGCUCUAGCAGUCUCAGUGGCUGCCUCGCUCCUGGCUUUCGCUCGUCCCCAAAAGGAUGGGAAGCUUGAGGGGAGCAAUUGGAUCGGCGUUUGCGAGGACGACGCACGGCUCAUCAGCAGCUGGGCUUUCGAGGCAGAGAAGAUCAUCCAUGGAAAUCCAUCCGGGAUCGACAAUACAGUGUGUACCUUCGAAAACGUUGUCAAGAUGAAGAAUGACAAGAGAGAAGUGCUCACAAACCUGGCCUCGCUGCAAAUGCUUAUCACGAACACCAAAGUUCCCAGAGACACCAAGAAAUUGGUGAGCGGCGUUCGUCAGCUCAAGGAGAAGCACCCCAAGGUCAUGUCUGGCAUCUUUGAUGUUAUCGAUUGCAUCUCGGAAGACUUUCUCGGGAUCCUCCAGUCACAGCCCGCGACUGAUCAGUCCCAGCAGGAAAAGCUGGAGGAGCUCGUCGUUUUGAACCAAGGUCUUCUUGGAACGAUUGGAGUGAGCCAUGCGUCCAUUGAGAAGAUUUGCAAGAUCACAGCCAAGUACGGCUUGAAAUCCAAGCUCACCGGAGGAGGAGGUGGCGGCUGCGUGAUCACUUUACUUCCAAGAGGACUGUCUCCAAAGGUCUUGGAACAAGUGAGCGACGAUCUAAACAGCUCUGGGUUUGAAUGCUUACAAGCAGAAGUUGGUGUUCAAGGAGUCCAGAUUUUGCAAUAGCAUCGAAGGUUUGCUCGAUUCAAGACUGGUUUUUCUCCCUGAAGCACUUGGUACAUUCGCACGCGAAGCCGUAGUCCGACAGCAUUGCUUGUCUCUCGGUGUACGAUAAAUCUUCCUCCUCGAUGUAUGAGGUGAAAAUCUGAAAACCAUUUUGAGUGAAAACAAGAAAGAAAGAUUUGAUUCACCUGUUCU